AUGUUGUAUGAGCUAAUUGCAGUAGUUCGGGCAGGAAAUCUAUCUUGGGUCAAGGAGAUAGCUCGUACUGCUGGAUCUCUUGUUGUGAGGAACGGCGGAACAAUUCGUGGGAUUAAAAACUGGGGCGUGUUCAGUUUACCUAGAAAGACUCGCAAGCACCAAUCUAUGUAUACGGAAGGUCAUUAUUUCAUCAUGAGGUACGAUUCCUCUAUCAGAAUACAGGAGGAGAUUCGGAACACAUUAGGUCUGGAUCCCCGAAUGAUCAAAUUCAGCUCAAUUAAAUUGGGGGACGGGACGCUGGAAAAGUCAAGUAAAAUUGGCGGCAUGAUCCCAUGGUUGCAGAGAGAAAAAUUUUAG